AUGCCGGAAACGGCAUCAGAGCGCCGCUCAUCCUUCAGCAAUCUAGAGGUCCACACGAACGUUUCAGAGACGUGGAUGUACAAAGUUCCUGAAUAUUCAAGCGCACCUAUAGCACUUGACCCACAUGCAUUACCGGAAGCAGUUCCGGAUCAGGCCCUCAUAAGGCCGUCUUCUGGGAACCCAGCGGUCAAACCUGCCGCCGUCGGCAAUGGAAAAGAGAUAUAUUACUUGCGACGACGACGGCGACUCAUCAUUUUUAGCGUUUUGAUUGGCCUUGUGGUCAUCAUCGGUGCCGUCACUGGGGGGAUCUUGGGCUCAAGACAUUCGAAGCAGGCCGAAGAAACACAGAAGCCAACGGAUGACCCAGAUCAUCAACCAAGCGAAAAUAGCUCGCAAGUCCUCAGCACAUCGAAGCUCAGCGCCGUAAACUGGACGAGUGGUGAUGACACGGGCGUCCACUACCGUGCCGUCUUUUGGCAAGCAGUCACACAUGACUUGAUGGCAUCAAUAUGGGAAUCAGAAUCAAAUGAGUGGACUCUGGUCAACCUGACCCUCGGCGGAACUAUAGAUGCGGAUAAUGCAUACGAUAAACAAUUCAAUCCAGCAAAACCAGGUACACCACUCGCGGCCACUGUGCGUCUUCACCCCUGGCCAAAGUUCAACACAAUCGCACUUUUCUAUCUCUCAGAGCAAAACACGGUUGAGCAAAUGAACACAAAUGUAAUAACGGCAAAGACGGGCUGGAAUGCGUGUUGUCUGUCAAACAUGGGCGUCAAACAUCCUGCAGCAAACGACUCGCAACUUGCGGCUUUUAGUAUGUCUUGCAAAGGAAGUCAAUGCGAGCAUGAUUGGAUACAUAUCACCUUUCAGAUGGCGGGUGGUGAGCUUGCUUUGAUAAGUCAACAGGACUGGGGAAAGCGGCAGGAUGCGACUGGUACAGACCCACAAAUGGGUACAGGGCUCACUAUGACUUCCACCGGAUCACAAAGCUCGAGCGAUAAUAUCACCUUCAUUCCGAAGUUAUAUCUCCAGACGCCGACAGAGCUACAAGAGAAGUUAUGGUAUGAUGCAGGACCUAGUAAGUAUAACUUGAGUGUCUUUCGCCGUGCGCUGGCUGACCUAGACAUAGGAACGAGAGUAGAGGCGUCACGUACAGCUUCCGAUGGGAGUCCACUACAACUAUCAUCCGCUAUCAUCCCUGCUUCCGGAGCUUCAGCAUCAACUUCGAAUGACCUGCUACUCCUGUCCACCGCCGGUGACGGGAGUCAGUUACUUAUGAAUCAGUACAGCAAUCAAACAGGAAACUGGACGGGGAGUUCCACACCUGAGUUUGCAAAAGCUCCAUCGACGUUCAACUUCACAGCGGGUGCAUUAGUAGCUGCUCCAGACGAGGCACGAUUUAUAGGGCUAGAAAGUAAUGGGACGAUACAGUCCUUCAAGAUAAGCAAGAACGCCGCAACGCAGUGGGAAUAUGAUGGCGUUGUUCUUCCAAAUUGA